AUGGAUCGCCAAGUGAUAGGAAGGAGCCGUGGGAGACCCACUAGACAACACUCGGAAUCGGGUGGUGAUAGGGAACCCGAGGUCAAUCAAGACCAAGGGCAAGAAGGUGUGGCCGGAGACCAAGUGGCCACCGCAAUCAAUCGUAUCACUGAUGUCUUAGAGCGUUUGACUGAACACCAAGCCUCUGGACCAGUGCAUCACCCAGGAGGUCCAGCCGAUUCCGAUGAUCGGGCACUGGAGAGGUUUUUGAAGUUCGGACCUCCCAAAUUUUAUGGAGGACCCGAACUGGAGAUAGCUGAAGGAUGGUGGGAGAGAAUCUCCGAUAUCUUUGCAGCUUUAAACUAUUCGGAAGAGCGACAGGUGACUUUUGCCACAUUCCAAUUUGAGGGAGCUGCCCGCUCCUGGUGGAACCUGGAAGGUUUAGCUGUCGUGAGGAUAGACACUUUUGCUGAUGCCGUCGAGAGAGCCCAGAGAGUUGAAGUAGCUAGAGCUCAAGUGAAAUCUUUUCAGGCCAAGAAAAGAUUUGCUCCUAGCAGUAGUCGGGAGCCGGCAUAUGGAAAUGCUCCACCGGCCAAAAUAGGCCGAGGAACCAGUGGAGAAGGGACUACUCCAAACGCUAGGCCAAACACAUCUGGAGGGAGCCGGCCGACAGUUCCUGCUAGAGUGUAUGCUAUAGAUGACCAACCUGUACCUGAUUCCUCGGAAGUUGUGGAAGGUACACUUCUGAUUUUUCAUCGUUUAGCUAGAGUGUUAAUUGACCCUGGUGCAACCCAUUCAUUCGUAAAUCCAUCUUUUAUGUCUGGAAUAGAUGUGAAACCUGUUAGACUACCCUUCGAUCUUGAAGUUAGAACACCAAUGGGUAAUAAGAAUGUAAUCACUAGCUUGGCUUAUAAGAAUUGUGAAUUCUGGAUUGGAGAGCGUAAAAUGCUAGUGGAUCUAAUCAGUCUGGACAUAAAAGGUUACGAUGUUAUAAUAGGAAUGGAUUUUCUAGGCCAUUAUCAUGCUAAGCUUGACUGUCGAGCAAAAGUGGUGGAAUUUUGUAUACCUGGAGAAACAACCCUGAGGUUAGAUGUUAAGGGUAGGUUAGCAUCGUCUGCUAUGAUCUCAGGAAUUCGGGCAAGGAAAAUGUUGUCUAAAGGAGCGCAAGGUUUCUUAGCCUUCUUGAUUAAUGCUCCCAGUGAUCAAGUGAAGUUGGAGGAUGUACCAGUGGUACGGGAAUUUCCGGAUGUUUUUCCCGAAGAGCUAAAGACUCUACCGCCGGAAAGAGAAGUGGAAUUUAAGAUUGACUUGAUGCCUGGAACGGCCCCAAUUUCUAAGACUCCGUACCGAAUGGCUCCUGCCGAGCUAAAGGAGUUGAAAAUUCAACUGCAAGACUUGUUGGAGAAAGGUUUCGUGAAAGAGAGUGACUCACCAUGGGGAGCACCCGUUCUUUUUGUCAAGAAAAAGGAUGAAAGUUUGAGACUAUGUAUCGACUACCGAGGGUUAAAUGAGGUUACAAUUAAGAAUAAAUACCCUCUACCGUUGAUUGAUAGCUUGUUCGACCAACUGCAAGGAUCAGUGGUCUUCUCUAAGCUGGAUUUAAGGCAAGGGUAUUAUCAGUUGAAGAUUAAGAAGGAGGAUAUACCCAAGACUGCUUUUAGUACAAGGUAUGGACAUUUUGAGUUCGCAGUCAUGCCUUUCGGACUAACCAACGCACCAGCUGCUUUUAUGGAUUUGAUGCAGAGAAUUUUUAAGAAGUAUCUGGACCAGUUCGUAGUGGUUUUCAUAGAUGAUAUCCUGAUUUACUCCAAAACUCGAGAGGAACAUGUUAAGCACUUGGAGGUAGUUUUGCAGAUACUAAGAGAACAUAAGCUAUAUGCCAAAUUCAGUAAGUGUGAGUUUUGGUUGGAUGAGAUUUCAUUUCUAGGGCAUAAAGUUUCCAAAGAGGGGAUUGCCGUGGAUCCGGCAAAAGUUGAGGCCGUUAUGAAUUGGAAACAGCCAGAAACUCCAACUGAAGUUAGAAGCUUCUUGGGACUAGCAGGUUAUUAUAGGCGGUUUAUCCAGGAUUUUUCGAAAAUUGCAGGACCUAUGACCGAGCUAACCAAGAAAGGGACUAAGUUUAUUUGGACUCCGAAGUGUGAGUCAAGUUUUCAGGAGUUAAAGAAGCGUUUAACAUCCGCUCCUGUUUUGGUAUUACCUGAUGGAGGAGAAGGUUAUACCGUGUAUUCCGAUGCCUCUAAAGAAGGUCUAGGGUGUGUCUUGAUGCAAAUGGGUAAGAUAGUUGCCUAUACUUCUAGGAGAUUGAAACCCCACGAACAAAACUACCCAACUCAUGACCUAGAACUAGCUGCAGUAAUUUUCGCCUUAAAGAAAUGGAGACACUACUUGUACGGAAAAGCCAAUGUGGUAGCUGACGCUCUAAGUAGAAAGGCCCAAGUAGCAGGGUUAAUGGUUAAAGAGUGGGACAUGUUAGAAGAAAUAAGUGGUUGGAACCCUCGCUUGGAGAAAUUGAAGGUUUUAUUUGGGAACUUGUCUUUAAAGUCACCAUUACUAGAGCGUAUUAAGGAGGCGCAGAAAACAGACCCUAUGAUUCAGAAGAAUUUGGAGAAAGUGCAAAAAGGGGAAACACUAGACUUUAAAUUAGGGUCUGAAGGUGUAUUGAGGUUUCGAGAUCGAAUUGUGAUUCCGGCAGAUGAAGAGAUAAGAAAAGGAAUUUUAGAAGAAUCACAUCUGUAG